AUGUCGACCUCUGCACGCAACGCGGCGGAACUACCCGAAAUCAUGAGCUCAGUCCGACAUGUAGAGACUUAUAUGGAAGAAAAUCCAUUCUUAUGGCAACAGGCUGCGUCUCUCUGGACAGUCAAAGAAAUACUCUGGAAGUUGAAUGGUCAUCUUACUGAUCAUAUAGACCUUAAGAUCUUUCAAGAUAAGGAACACUUGGGGAAUUUCUUGGGUUGCUCUAGAACUAUCACUUCAGCAAUCGAAAGACUCGGACUUGUGGCAAUUAAUGAAUUCAACAGGAACCCAGAACUGCUAUCUAAGGUCGUAGCAUAUGUUAAAGACUCCAGUAUACAACAAGCUUCAAAUCCUGCAGGGUUGGGCAUUCAUCAAGAAGAGGACUCCAUUCUGGAUGACAAUAUAGGAACUACGGGCUCUCGAUCUAGCAUUGACCGAUCAGAAGAUUCCGACCAUGUUAUUACUCGGCACUCCGAUAAUCAACUGAGCCUUUUCCCGACUACAAAUUUAGACGAGAAUCCACUCAAUGCGGAUGGAUCUUCGAUUGUGGACGAUGAAUCACACAGAGGCAAGGAUACUAUUUGUGCUAAGAAAUUUUUUACAGCUGAGCGUGAUGAAUCUUCUCAGCCAAAGAAGAAGAAGAAGAAUAAAUCCAAAAAGAAGAAGACUACAGUUGGAAAUUCCGCAGAAGUAGAAACUCUAACGACGAUAGAGACCAGUCAUCGUCCAACCUUGGUCCUUCCGAUGGCAAAAGACUAUUUGUCACCGGCCAAUUCCACGCUGGAUCGACUUAUGGCCCCAUCAGACGCUGGAAAAAAUUGUUUAGAUCAAGCAGUGGUCACAACCUCAUUCUCUGAGACGGAACAGGCAGUGUUGAAAUUCAAGGUGGACAAGCCUCCAGAAAAGCUGACAGCGACGCUGAUGGAAGAUAUCAGGCAGUAUAUGAUCGAAGAUCUACGAUGUAUCAAGAGACUGGCAGAGUCAAAGCAGCAGCUGGUCGAGGAUCUAAAAACUGAGUGUCGCAAGAAUUUGGCGGAUCUCACAAAAAAAUACGAAGCAAUCAAGUUUGAAAACAAAAAUCUGAAGGCGGACCGCAACAAAGAGCUGGAGAAGCUUCGGAAAGAAAACUCAAUCUUGUGUGAGAAGUCAUCGACUCUUGACCAAGAAGUGACUGAAUUGCGGGCGGAAAUUCAGUUGCUGAAAUCUAAAUCAGUAAAGGAAGAAUCGCGAUCACUACCGGAAGUUGUAGCUGGACAUGCGGAGGAGUUGGAAUUUAUAAUACGCAAUCAGUGCCACAUCAUAGCUUAUGAGAAGAUACCCAAGCCUUAUAAUAUAGUCAACAGAAGAGAGGAAGAAGAAGAUGAAGAUAAGCCUUCUACCAGGCUCGAAUUUGUAGGGUGCGAAGAAGCUGUGCAAGGUCAUGAAGAAGAUUCGGCGUCUUUGCUGGAAAUGGAGAAAUCCGCCAUCUUGUUCGAAGCAGAGACAUUUGAUCUCAAGGAUCGAAUAAGAGAGCUUGAGAAGUCUUUAAAUAUCAAGAAGCGUUCCCCUGGAGUUCGCGCUAUAAAUAGAGAAAAGGAAGUCAUGCAGAAGAAAUUCGGCGUCCUAGAGUCGACGAUAAGCGAGCUUAAGGAUGAAGUAUACAGUUUGACGCAAGAUAAUAGCAAGCUUCUUAAAAGAAAAGAAGCACUACUUAGGAACUCAGCGACAGGAGAAUUGCGCCAAACUGCCAAGAUCGAAGAAGCGCUUUGUGAAGAGCAAUCAAAGACCAAGCGGUUCAGUUCCAGGAUACAAGAGCUACAAGAAAAAGUCGAAGUGCUUGAGGAGGAGCGUGCCGUACUAGAGCCUCUUAUCGAGGUCGGAGUGGCAGUCAGAAAAAGGUUUUUUGAGCAAGCUAAAUAUACAGUCCCAUCGGAUGAGAUAUCCAAUCGUCCCGAUUACAAGAUUGUUAAAGAGGGAAACGAUCGCUGCCACCGAGCAUAUUGCUUGACUGACGCAGCUCUUUUCAAACUUUUCUAUCUAUCAGGGUCCACCAAUGAAGCUCUUUACAGCAAUAUCUACCGUGUUGAUUCAUACGCAAAUGUCAUGAAACACCCCUACAAAUUACGCCAGGCAAUAGACAGUAAAGCUAGUAUCCAAACUGUUCAAGCCAUCAAUGAUAGUAACACUUCUCAAGAGCUUCGCACAGAAGCAGAGAUUGAUAGAAGCAUUGGAUAUCGUGGUUAUGUCGAGGAUACUAUUGAUGAAAGAGGAACGAGUCAUACGAGGGGCUUGGGUUGGGACGUUAGAGAGCCUGGUGAUAUGACAGGCUCUAGCGACUGGGCCAUUGACCAGCCUGAUGAUAUAGCAGGCUCUAGCGAUUGGGCUAUUGGCCAUCCUGGUGAUAUUACAAGCACUUGUGAUUGGGCAGCAACUACUUAUUCCGAGUGGACCGCUUCUUCACAUUGUCCGAAUUUAUUUAGCUGA